AUGUUUGUGAUAACCAAAUUUGACAAUUAUUCCAGUCGUUAUUUGGGUUUUGAAGGAGUUAUCUUGAAUUGGAAGGGAUCCACCUUCGAAACAGUUAAAGAUGAAGGUCAGUUGUUAGCAGGGCUUUCAGAGAGUCCAGAAUUUGAAGAAAUCCAGAAAUUAAUUACCUCAACAUUCAAGAAUGGAGUUGUUUUUCCAAUGGUCAGCACCAGUGAUGAAAAUGAGAAGAAGUUUAAGGUCGAUGAAGGUGGAACUCUAAAAACAAUUCAAAAGAAUAUGGCACUCCGUAUCUUGUCCUAUGCUGUUGAUCUUGGCAUUACCGCUUCUAAAUGGCAAAGUCGUAAAAUGAACCUUACCUUAAUAAACACUUAA